CAAAACCAGAGAGAGAGAGAGAGAGAGAAAGGGAUCAAAUGUGAGAGUGGUGGGAGGGAUGGAGACACCAGUGUACUGUUAGAGCUUUGACAUUGCAGGUUCUUUGUACAUGAAAGCUGAAGAAUAGCAGUGGGAGUGCAAUACCUGGCAACUGGCCAGAAUGGCAGGAGCAGGGGAAGGAGGGAGAUGACAGCGGUGCUGGCUUUGCACUGGCAGAAGAUCAGGACACCAGCUUCGGGACACUGUUAACCCUCGUUUUCCGCGGAGAUGCAUUGCGCCCUCGCUUUCUGUGUGCUACCAGGUUGAGCCUCUAAACUGGAAAACAGACUUCGUUUCGGCGUGUUGGAUUGAACCAAGGGUCUGCGAUAGGGAGAUAAAGGAAUAACCAGAAACUGAUUUUGAUUAACGCUCAUCUUCUAACAUUGGGACCUGUUUAAAAUGCCACCGAUUAGAUUACGCUUUGGAAAGCGGAAAUAAUUAAAGCUGUCCAUUUUGCAGAAUCUGCCAAAGAAUGACAAUGUCUGAGGGUCCCUAAAAUUGCUGUGUCGGAGGAGGGUGUGACCAAAGGGGCAGGGGCCUGUCCCAGGCUCCCCUGGCGGGGGGAGGGAGUGAUCGGGGCAUUCGUGCAUUUGGACAAUGGGGGACAGGGGUGUCAAUGGUGGAGGGGAGAGGGUGAACCACUCCCAUGUCCUGUUCGACCGCUUCGUCCAGGCCUCCACCUGUAAGGGCACUCUCAAAGCCUUCCAGGAGCUCUGUGACUUCCUGGAGCUCAAGCCCAAUGAGUACCGCGUCUUCUACCACAAGCUAAAGUCCAAGCUCAACUACUGGAAGGCCAAGGCGCUGUGGGCCAAGCUGGACAAGCGGGCUUGCCACAGGGACUAUAAGAAAGGCCGCGCAUGUGCCAACUCCAAGUGUCUCAUCAUUGGGGCUGGCCCCUGCGGCCUGCGGACGGCCAUUGAGCUGGGCUUCCUGGGGGCGAAGGUGGUGCUGCUGGAGAAGAGGGAUGCCUUCUCCCGGAACAAUGUGCUUCACCUCUGGCCCUUCACAAUCCAAGACCUGCGUGGUCUUGGAGCCAAGAAAUUCUAUGGGAAGUUCUGUGCUGGCUCCAUCGACCACAUCAGUAUCCGGCAGCUCCAGCUAAUGCUGCUGAAGGUUGCUCUGCUCCUGGGCAUUGAGAUCCAUGUCAAUGUGGAGUUCAAGGGGCUGAUUGAGCCACCUGAGGACCAGGAGAAUGAAAGGGUAGGGUGGAGGGCAGAGGUCCAUCCGUGCACACACCCAGUCAGCGAGUUGCAGUUUGAUGUGAUCAUCGGGGCUGAUGGGAGAAGGAACACGCUGCCAGGAUUCCGCAGGAAGGAGUUCCGCGGCAAGCUGGCCAUUGCCAUCACCGCCAACUUCAUCAACCGCAACACCACAGCUGAGGCCAAAGUGGAGGAGAUCAGUGGCGUGGCCUUCAUCUUCAACCAGAAGUUCUUCCAAGACCUGCGGGAAGCCACUGGAAUUGACCUGGAAAAUAUUGUGUACUACAAGGACGACACACACUACUUUGUGAUGACGGCCAAGAAGCAGAGUCUGCUGGAGAAGGGGGUCAUCCUACAUGACUACGUGGACACAGAGCUGCUCCUCUCCCGGGGAAAUGUGGACCAGGCGGCCCUGCUCUCCUAUGCCCGCGAAGCUGCUGACUUCUCCACCAGUCACCAGCUGCCAACACUGGACUUUGCCAUCAACCACUACGGGCAGCCGGACGUGGCCAUGUUCGACUUCACCUGCAUGUAUGCCUCAGAGAACGCUGCCCUUGUGCGUCAGCGCAAUGGACACCAGCUGUUGGUGGCCCUGGUGGGGGACAGCCUGCUGGAGCCUUUCUGGCCCAUGGGCACUGGCAUUGCCCGCGGCUUCCUGGCAGCUAUGGACUCUGCCUGGAUGGUACGUAGCUGGGCACAGGGCAUCUGCCCCCUGGAAGUGUUGGCAGAGAGGGAGAGCAUCUACCGUCUGCUCCCGCAAACCACCCCAGAGAAUGUGAGCAAGAACUUCAGCCAGUACAGCAUUGACCCCACCACCCGGUACCCCAAUAUCAGCCUGCAUCUGCUGAGGCCCAACCAGGUGCGGCACCUCAUAGACACGGGGGAGUCCAGGGAUCUGUGUAUUGACAUGGAGAGAGUGGUCAACGCCUCCACACCCAGGGUGGGGAGAAAUGAGUCCAUUGCACGCUCCAGCAAGCUGCUGAGCUGGUGCCAGCGGCAGACAGAGGGCUACAGGGGCGUGGCCGUCACAGACCUCACCAUGUCUUGGAAAAGCGGGCUGGCCCUGUGCGCCCUCAUCCACCGCUACCGCCCCGACCUCAUUGACUUUGUGUCCCUGGAAGAGAGCGACACGGAGCGGAACAACCAGCUGGGCUUUGACAUGGCUGAACGCGAGUUUGGCAUCUCCCCCAUUAUGACGGGCCAGGAGAUGUCCUUCGUGCCCGAGCCCGACAAGCUCUCCAUGGUCAUGUACCUCAGCCAAUUCUAUGAGAUGUUCAAGGACACGGUGCCCCCCGGUGAGAACCGUAACCUGAGUCCAGAGGAGAGGGCAGCCCUGAUCGCCAGUACGAAAUCUCCCAUCUCCUUCCUCAGCAAGCUGGGUCAAAGCAUCUCCCGGAAGCGCAACCCCAAGGACAAGAAGGAGAAGGAUGCAGAUGUCGCGGGGAAGAGGCGGAAGACCAGCCAGGCUGGCCAGUCUGAGGACGAGGAGGUUUCACGGAGUCACCGUGACGACCAGCCCUCGCUGGGCCACACCCUGAGGGCCGAGGCAGCGACCGGUGCGAACAGCAACAAAGUGAAGUCCAUGGCCACCCAGCUGCUGGCCAAGUUUGAGGACAACACCCCGGUCCAGUCAUCUGGCCUCAGGAGACAGGGGGACUCCAUGCCCAACAUGGACUUCCUGCGGUGCCCUUCUCUGCCCCCUGUCCCCCUGAAAAGCUCGGCAUGCCUGGCCCCCUUCCCUGCAUGGAGACAGGCCAGGACCAAUUCGGCCUCACGCUGCUGCCCAAAGAAAACCAUUGUGCUCUCCUCCACCUGCUCCUCGCUCUCUCUGCACUCUCAGAGCUCCCUGCGGAAGGAGUUCCCCCAGAACAUCGGGGGCAGUGACGUGUGCUUCUUCUGCCGGAAGCGGGUGUAUGUGAUGGAGCGGCUGAGUGCCGAGGGCAAGUUCUUCCACCGCAGUUGCUUCCAGUGCGACUAUUGUGGCACCACACUGCGCCUAUCUUCCUAUGCCUUUGACGUGGAGGAUGGGAAGUUUUACUGCAAGCCUCACUACUGCUACCGGCUGUCGGGGCAAGCCCAGAGGAAGAGGCCUGCCCCCACUGGUGUGCUGCCUGCUACUAAGGAGAAGCAGGCCCCUGUUCCUGCACCCGCCCCCAUGGAUGAUCCAGGACGGGUGGCAGAUGCGGCCGCCCUGGUGGAGCUCCGCCCCUCAGCGGUGGAGGUGAAUGGGCUGCAGGAGCCCAGCCUGGCCAAGCGGCUACGCGGCACACCGGAGCGCAUCGAGCUGGAGAACUACCGCGUGUGUCUGCAGCGCGAGGAGGAGUUGGAGGAGGUGCCUGAAGAGACGCUGGCCGAGCACAACCUCAGCAGCAUACUGGACAAGGCCACCGACGUCGAGGAGGGCUCCAGCAGCUCAGAGUCGGAGAUUGAGGAGGAGGAUGAGCAGCAGCCUGCUGCCGAAGACCUGGGGGGCGGAGCCUGGAAUGACACAGUGGAGCUGCCGCCCCAACUCAGGCAGGAGGGCAACACCGGGGGUGAGGAAGAGGGCGGGGUCGACACCAACAUCACUGGGGAUGCGGUAGAGGAGGAGGAGGAGGAAGAGGAGCAGGAAGGGGAGGAAGACAAGGAAGAAGAAGAAGAGGAAUCUAGUGACGCCCGGAACCUGCGGGUCCAGCAAGUCGUGCAGCCUGUGGAUCCCUUAGCUGCCCAGACAUACCCAAACUGGACACACAUCCAGUCUGAGGGGGCCUCUGCCUCCCAGCCCUCCUGCUCCACAGUCACAGCCCAAGCGUCGGCCCGUCUCGAGGCCGUGAGAGCCUGGCUGGACUCGGUUUCUGGAGAAUCCUGUGACGAGGAUGGUGACCCAGAAGCAGAAGCAGGCAGCCCUGACAUGGAGCCUGGCACUGAGCUGGAUGAUGAGGACAUUGCCUCUGACGCAGAGGCAGAAGCUCGACUGCAGCAGUUGGAGGAUGGAGAGCUGCCGGAGGAUGGGGGAACAUCUGAGAACCAGGGGCGGGUCUCCAGCCUGGCACAAUCUUCCAUGAGUGCAGAGCAGUCAGGUCGUGAUGAUGCAAUUUUCCUUGACAGAGAUGCCAGAGAGAUAGAUGCAAAGGUCUCCAGUAAGGCUCCCAUGUCUCUUCCCUUUCUGGUAAAAUCCUCUGAUAUGCAUCUCUCCCUCAAGACACUGGAGGUAGAUGAGGCUGAGCUGCUGAAGACCUCUGAAACCCUGGCUGCUAAGAGCCCCCUCACUGCUGCCACCGCAGGGCCUCCCAUCUGCUUACCACCUGUCUCCAUACCUGAGACGGCCAUGAUGGAAUCAUCUGUUGAAACCCAGCCUUGCACCUGCUCUCCAGCUGGCAACCCGCUCUCCCCCAUCUGCUCCCAACCCCUGCCCUGCAAGGAGCCCUCCACACCCACGCUGUUGGACUCCCCAGUCCGAACUCAGCCUGUGCCAGCAGUCACCUCCACACCACUGACUAACCCCACUGCUGAAAAGAGCACGACUAACCCGCAGAGGCCACCAGACUUGGCAGCAGAGAUUCCGGUGAAGCGAGAGGACAUCAUUCAGGAGUUCUGGAUGAAGAGCGCAGAGAUCAGGAAGAGCUUGGGCCUCAGCCCUCUGGAGAGGAGCAGAGUCCUAGAGAAGAGCCUGAAGGCCCCAACUCCUGAUUCCUCCUCCUCCCCCAGGUCCUACACUCCAGAUGACCUGUCGGAAGAGCUCAAGCCCCCAUUCAUGGGCCGCUCGAUCAUCAGGAGGUUGAACAUCACCGUGGAGGGGCAGGUCAUCUCUCCUAUCAAUAUGGGCUCCAAGAGCAGUGGCUCGGAGAAGAGGGACCUCAGCAGCAGCUCGGGCCUGGGCCUCAACGGGAGUGUGGUUACCAGCCAAGCUGCGGCCAGCGAGAGUUUCAACACCUCUGAUUCUGCCAUGCUGACUCCACCCUCCAGCCCGCCCCCUGCCACACCUAAGGAGGAGACCACCUCCCUCAAGCUAAAGAAACACCAGGCGGCCUGGAACAUUCAGCCAGAGUCCACACCUGUUCUGCUCCAGGUGCCCACGCCAGCCCCAGAGGCCACCCCUAUGCCAGCCUCCAGGACGGUGCCUGUGACGGCCGUUGUCGUCAAACGGGAGACAAGCAAGCCUCGCAGAGAGGAGGUACGUAAAUCCUUCAUUGAGAGCAUGGAAGAGAUCCCAUUCGCUGAUGAUGUGGAGGACACCUAUGACGACCAGACACCUGACACCAGCCUGCAGGAGAGGCUCCUCACCCCUUCUGCCAUUGCCAACAAAGACAAGCCCCCUCUCCACCUGGCCCUGGCCAUGGAGAACGGCAGGCCCAACAUCUCUACAGGCCUGGCCUCAAUAAGACAGCAAGGUGCCUCGGAGUUCUCCCCAGAGGCCAAAGAGGUGACAGAGGAGAGGUUGCGAGCAAGGGAGAAGUCUGUGAAAAGCCAGGUUCUUAAGGACGCCAUGGCCAAGCAGCGCACCAAGAUGAAAGAGACGGAAAUGCCAAAGGGAAGGUUGCAUAAAGUGGCCUGGAACAUCCCCACUGAGCAAUCUGGGAGAAGUAAGUCCCCCCCGACACCCAGCUUCCCCAAAACCUCCGCAGGGAAGGCCCUGGAGUCCCAGAAGCAAGCAGAGGUGCUUCCAGAGAGGCUCUCCACCAAUCAGGGCAGCAGGAGCUUGGAGGGCUCAGCGUCCUCCUCGGAGGUCUCUGGGGGGGUCAAGAGCAAGAAGCGCAGUUCCCUAUUCUCACCGCGCAAGAACAAGAAGGAGAAGAAGGCUAAGAGCGAGGGCCAGCUGUCUGACAAGCAUGGCUCUGAAGACAUGCCGAAGCACAAGUCCCUCUGGAAGGUUGUCUUCUCCGGGUAUAAGAAGGACAAAAAGAAGAAGGACGACAAGCCCUUAUCCAGCAUCCCUUUGAGUGCUGCCACUGUGGACUCAGGGAAGAGGAGAUCCUCGCCUCUUGGGAAGUCAACAGAUCUCCACUUGCAGAGAAACCUCAGCUUCUCAGAGGACUCUGACCUUUCCUGUGACGACGUGCUGGAGAGGUCAUCCCAGAAGUCCAAGGCAGAUUCCGUUUAUGUCCCUCAUGCCUUGGCGUUCAAGAAAGUGUACGCUUUAAAGAAAGCUUACACAGAGGAGGAGCUGAAUGCCAAGCUGACACGGAAAGUGCAGAAAGCUGCCCGGCGCCAGGCCAAGCAGGAGGAGCUAAAAAGAUUGCACAGAGCCCAGAUCAUCCAGAGGCAGCUGGAGCAGGUAGAGGAGAAGCAGAGACAGCUAGAAGAGCGGGGCGUGGCUGUGGAGAAGGCACUGCGAGGGGAAGCAGGAUUGUAUAAGGGAUCUUACAUUAGUGCAAAACAACACAAAAGAAGAUCAGACUAUUGGGGAGAGUCUAAUUACAGUGAAAUCCUGGACUUGCAUCUGGGCGGAAUGGGCAAGAAGGAUGAUCCCAAGCUUAUGCAGGAAUGGUUCAAGCUGGUCCAGGAGAAAAAUGCCUUGGUGCGCUAUGAAUCGGAACUCAUGAUCUUUGCACGAGAGCUAGAGCUGGAGGACCGUCAGAGCCGCCUGCAGCAAGAGCUGAGGGAGCGCAUGGCUGUGGACGACCACCUGAAGACAGAGAAGGAGCUGGCAGAGGAGAAGCAGAUCCUGAACGAGAUGCUGGAGGUGGUGGAACAGCGGGACUCCCUGGUUGCCUUGCUGGAGGAGCAGCGGCUCCGAGAGAAGGAGGAGGACAAGGACCUGGAGGCCGUCAUGCUGUCCAAGGGCUUCAACCUCAACUGGGCCUGAGGGGAUGCUAUGCCCCUCCAUCACACAGGGACUCCCCUGGCACCACGCCUAGUGUGGGGCCCACACCCUGGUUCCAAACAUAUCUGCCCUUUUCUCAUAAAAUCCAGGGACUUUACAUGUUGUCUCUGCUCAGAGCGAACCCCUAACAAAAGGAAAUCUUCAUAGUUGUUUUUUAUUUGUUUCUAGCCUCUGUUUUUCUGUCUUCUUGGCUGGAAAUGGAAGGCAUAUUACAGUAUUGCACAGAAAAAAACUAGCAAAGACCUCAUUUGAAAUUGGACUGCACUGUUUCUCCACUGGUCACAGCAGAGGAGUAUGUGUAAUGUGUAAGAGAUGUAUGGCAGCUCUGGCCACCCUGGGAAUUUUGAGAAGAUCUGAGCGGUAUUCGUGAUCCCGGCGGGGGGAGGAGGGGCUGUUCCUCAUCUGACCAGGUUCCUUCCUUGAUCCUCUGCCACACAGUCUACUGCAGCAGCAUAUCACUUGCCUCACAGGUGCACAAGGACCUCUUGUGGAUAACGUCCACGUCGUCAUACACUAUGCACAAAGUAUCAUCUGUAUCAACACUAUGGAUUUAUAAUCUGGUUUCAGGUGUUCAGCAGCCUAUUUAUUAAACAGUUAUGUUUUUUCAGAGAGAAAGACUUUUUGAACAUAAAUGCCUGCUUUUUGUGUAACACAAAGCUUUUUUGUUGUGACAUCAGUGGUCUGGAAUAGACCAGAUGUUCUGAAUUCCAGAUCCGAAUAGCCACUACAAGACAAAACAAAACAUGUCACUUUCAAGUGGCCAAGUCUGAUGUUCCACCUGAUUCUGACAGUGAUGUGUUGGUGUUGAAUAGUUGGCUGGUGUGUUGAAUAUUAGGCUGUAUGUUAACCUGUCCUCCCCAAGCAAAACACUUUGCACAGGUCCACUGUCUGGUCUCCAGUGACUGUCAUUGCCCUUUUCUGCACCUUAAAUUACAACCUCUGUUAGUUCGUUGAAUAGAAACAGCACAUUUUGGAGGUGUUCUUCAGGACCGCAUCCCUGCUUGAAUUUAUAGCCACUUUUUUACUGACAGUAAGUUUUACUUACAGUUAAUUGUAAGAUAGAGGUAAGUUUGGAGGUCUCUGAAUAAGCUACUGUCCAGUAGGUGUGCUAGACAAAAUGGUUUGUUGCAGAUGUGUAUGAUUUAACAUCAGAGGUUACAUGGUGUUGAUGUGCUACUCAUGCAAGGAGUCCUCCAUGCACAUAGGGACACUGUAAUGACACAAAGACUAUCCUCAGCUUCAGUAUGGGCAGUACAGGGGCAAGGAGCCCCUCCUGAGAGAACAACACAUUUAGAGUUCAUUAUAGUUCAAGACCACAGUCUUCGCAGUCAUGUCCCUCAGAUUCUACUGUUCACUCCGUAAAUAGUAUAUUUUGAAAGUUUGAAAGAAGUUUUGAAAAUUUAUGCAAUACAUGGACAUUAAAACACUAUGAAUGAGGAGCAGCCCAUGGGGACUGAGGCAGCUCCUAUCUGCAUUGCAUUGACUGUCUCCAAGGGGCAGGACUUAGAUGCAGCAAAUGGAGAACAAGGCCUGCCUUGCUGCCAAACCGUGCAUCUAUUGAUGGAUCACAGUUUCGUUUUUCCUUAGCCAUGAACAAAAGUACACUUUCGUCGGGAGAGUUAGUGAAAACUUUAGAAGGUGUGUGGCUUUUCGUACAAAUUUUUGUUAUUUAUUAACAUAUGUGAAAAAAUGUAUUAUAUGUACAAAACAAAUCUUGAUUUUUAUUGACUGAACUGAAAUGCAAGCACUUCACGUAGCUCAAUUACAUAUAAAGUAUUGGGUGUACAUUUAAAGGGCAAUAAAGCAAUGCAGCUGUUAUUUAACAUGUGAUUUCUUCAUAUCUUGUCCACACUUUAAUUUGUCCUGGUUUCUCUGGUCAUUAUCCUACAUCA